AUGAAAGCAUCGGAAUCCACGCAGAAGCUAUGGAGCGCCUCAUCCUCGCCGUCGGCCAGCAUCGAGAACUUCCACACCGAACCGCACAGUCAAUUGCCAUCCGCUGGUCACCCGCAGCAGCAGCAGCAGCAUCAUUGGCCUCGGUCCUCGGGCGAAGGCGAACUUACCGGUCCGUCACUUUGCCGACAUUCCAACGGCGACGCCAGCUCCAGCUUGGAUCACAAGCGGACGCACCAGCAACAACACCUAGCUCGGGGUCCAACAUCCGGCCUCGGUGGCCAAACGUUCGCCGACAACAGCGGCGGUGGGCCGUCUGGCGCAGCUGAUGGAACCAUGAGGCUCACGGGCUCGGCAGCAACAGCAAACGGCGGGGUUGUUAGCGAGGGGCCCGACGGUGGUGGUGUUAGAGUCAGCAAACUGGACCGUGGUAGUGCCGUCCAUCCGCCCAGCGGUUCCUGCACCGUGUACGGUCUAAAUAGUGUAAAUAGUGACGGUGGUAUCAGUUCGAAGGUUAGCCUCAGUCAUAGUCGCCAUAGUGGCAGCAGUAGCAGCGGUAGCAGCGGUAGUAGUUACAGCAACGGUGGCCUCAUCACGGGCUUCAACGGAAUUAGUGGUAAUGGCAGCAACAGUAGCUGGGGUCACUCCGUAUUUUCUCGGUGCUAUUUGGGCAAAAUACGCACGUUCCUCAUCGGGCUGGUCGUCUUCUCGGUGGCCACCGUUGGCCUGUCGCAGUACUUCAUGGACAGUUCCGCCUUCACUAGUUUUAUGCACCGCGAGGCACGACCACCGGCGCCACAGAUUCACUGCCGGAUGUUGAACGGGAAAACGGCCGUCGAUGGAGCGCUCGCGCCGGACCACCGGUCCGAGGCCCGAUUACGGAUCGAUCCGAAGGUCCUGGUGUUCGUGGAGACGACGUAUACGCAGCUCGGUAAGAGCAUCGCAGAGCUGCUGGUCCACAACCGUAUCAAGUACAAAUUGGAGGUGGCGGGCAAGAGUCUGCCGGUGCUGACGAACCAGGACAAGGGCCGCUACGGGGUGAUUGUGUUCGAAAAUCUGGACAAAUAUCUCAACAUGGACAACUGGAACCGGCAGCUGCUGGACAAGUACUGUCGCGAUUACUCGGUCGGCAUCAUCGGGUUCGUGAGCCCGAGCGAAGAAACGUUGGUCGGUGCCCAGCUACGCAACUUUCCACUCUACGUCCACACCAACCUGCGGUUGCGAGAUGCCAGCUUGAAUCCGGGUUCACCGAUCCUACGGUUGACGCGCGCUGGUGACACCGCGUGGGGUCCGCUGCCCGGGAACGAUUGGGCAAUCUUCCAGCACAACCACAGCGGGUACGAGCCACUCGAGUGGGCCCAGAAGAACGUGAUGGACUACCCGACCGAUGGAGUGGCGCAGCCGCCGCUGGCCACCGUUCUGCAGGAUCACGGCCAAAUCGACGGGAUCCAACGUAUUCUGUUCGGAUCCGGGCUCAAGUUCUGGCUGCAUCGGUUGCUGUUUCUGGACUCGCUGUCCUACCUGAGUCACGGGCAGCUCAGCCUCAGUCUGGAGCGACGCAUUCUCAUCGACAUCGACGAUAUCUUCGUGGCCGAAAAGGGGACGCGGUUGAAGCCGGACGAUGUGCACGCCCUGCUGGCGACGCAGAACCGCAUCGCGGAGAUGGUGCCCGGGUUCCGGUUCAAUCUGGGCUUCUCGGGGAAGUUCUUCCACCAUGGCACGCACGACGAAAACCUCGGCGAGGACAUGCUGCUGCGUAACGUGGCCCAUUUUAACUGGUUCUCGCACAUGUGGAACCACCAGCAGCCGCAUCUGUACGAUAAUCUGACGCAGCUGAUGGGCGACAUGAUGCUGAACAAGGAGUUCGCCAAGGAGCACGGUAUUCCGACCGACUCGGGCUACUCGGUGUCACCGCACCACUCGGGCGUGUAUCCCGCGCACGAGCUGCUGUACAUAGCGUGGAAAAAGGUGUGGAACAUUCGCGUCACCUCGACGGAGGAGUACCCCCACCUGAGGCCGGCCCGACUGCGCCGGGCGUUCAUCCACCGGAACAUUAUGGUGCUUCCGCGCCAGACAUGCGGCUUGUUUACGCACACGAUCUGCAUCAACAGCUACCCGGGUGGGCGCGAGAAGUUGGACGAAUCGAUCAGCGGUGGCGAGCUGUUCCAGACGAUCGUCUACAAUCCGAUCAACAUCUUCAUGACGCACAUGUCAAACUACGGCAACGAUCGGUUGGCGCUGUACACGUUCGAGUCCGUGUUCAAGUUUCUGCGCUGCUGGACCAACCUGAAGCUUACGUCCGUGCCACCGCUUCAGCUCGGCGAGCUGUACUUCAAGCUACACCCGGAGGAGCGCGAUCCAAUCUGGGGCAACCCGUCGGACGAUCCGAAGCACGCGAAGAUAUGGGCGGGGAAUAAGCGACGCACCACGCUUCCGAAGCUGCUCGUACUCGGCCCACAGAAAACGGGCUCGACGGCGUUCUACACGUUUCUUAGCAUGCACCCGGCCGUUUCCAGCAACCUACCGAACUCGGACACGUUCGAGGAGAUCCAGUUCUUCAACGGCAACAACUACUACCGGGGGCUCGAGUGGUACCUGGACUUCUUUCCGCUGCAACCGAACGACACUGACGACAAGUUUAUGUUCGAAAAGUCAGCCACCUACUUCGACGGGGAGCUGGUGCCGAAGCGGGCCCAUGCGCUGCUCCCGAAGGUCCAGCUCGUCACGAUCCUGAUUUCGCCCGCGAAACGCGCCUACUCGUGGUACCAGCACAUCAAGGCUCACGGUGACCCGAUCGCGAACAACUACAGCUUCUAUCAGGUCAUAACGGCGACGGAAGCGGAACCGAAAGCUUUACGUGAUCUACGCAACCGUUGCCUCAACCCGGGAAAGUACGCUCAGCAUCUCGAGCGCUGGCUAGCGUACUAUCCGCAGCAGCAGCUGCACAUCAUCGACGGCGAGCAGCUAAAAUCGAACCCGAUCAGUGUGAUGAUGGAUCUGCAGCGGUUCCUGAAGCUGCCUCCGUACGACUAUAGCCAGCAUCUGCGGUUUGACAAUAAGAAAGGUUUCUACUGCCAGGUGAUCGCCGAUAAUCGCAACAAGUGUCUCGGCAAGUCGAAGGGCCGCCAGUACCCACCGAUGGACGAGCGGAGUGCUAAAAUGCUGCAAAAGUAUUACCGGAUACACAAUCAAGCACUGGUGAAGUUGCUGAAGAAGCUUGGCUCACGACCCAUCCCCCAAUGGCUGAAAGAGGACCUGUCCGUGACCUCCUAACAGACACUACGGUGUUUUCCGACAUCAUAAGCGAAGUGAAACACUUGGCAGGGCUCUGCAUUCCGCGAACAGAGGGGGCUAACGCCGAAAACGCUUUUUGUCGUUGUUCAGAAGGAAAAGGGGACGACGAGCACAUGCGGAACGUGUGUGCGAUGAAUGCGGGUAAUCAAACAAGGUUAUUUUAUUCUCACACGCCACAUUGCGAUGGGUGUUGGGAAAGGGUAUUCCUAACACCUUCAGCUUAUCACUUGUCAUUAUCUAUUCCUUUCCUGGUUUACUCUUAAGUAUCCGCUGCGCUGUGAUGAGGAGAAAGUGUAUCAUAUGUUAGGCCUUGUAGUGACUCCUCUUCUUAAUUUGUAUUUUAUGUUUAGGUUCACUUAAUUUAGCUCUAUUAGGUGCGUUAGUUGACGACUUCCGUUUAGCGAUAGAGUACCGCGUAGCUUGUUUGUUUCAUACCAAACUUGUGACACUUUAACACUUUAACGUAAACUGACCGUUAGCCUGACAAUUUCGUUCACCGACCUUCGCAUAGAAUCGCGGUGUCGGUGCUCGCUGAGAGCACCUGAUAACAUUGAUUUAAAACAAUGACAUUUUAUAUAUUUUUACAAAAAAAAUCGCUAACAGAACAUCUUCAAAACGGAAAUUACCUCAACAUUUCUGCGGUAACUUCCAACCUUCGAGCUUUGUAGGUUGCAGCCAUUGGCUGCAUACUUUGUGAAAGUUUCGUUUCCGCUGUCACGCUUUCCCAUCGGUUCGUGGCGCUGUGAACAUAGAAAAGAAAUUAUGCGCUCAAAGCAAUUGACGGCGUUGCUCAAAUAAAUGAAAUUAUUUCUAUUUUAUUUCAUACAUUCGCACACCAAACUCUGGCUGAGAAUAGUGCUCAUUGUGUAGAAUAAUUGCCCGUACGCCGAUACGCUUUUCUUACGAUGGGGUGUGCAUGAACACAGUUUAUGUUCUAGUGUUUGUCGCACUGUCGCCCGUAAGGCCAGCAGACUUAUCUCAAUCACUUGAAGUAGUAUUCCAGUUGAUUUUGGCCCAGAACAAUGGUACUUAAAGAGCUUACCCGUUCUCAAGCAGUUUAGAGAAUUGAAUUUUACUGUGAGAGCUUGAGACAAAUUAUCAAUUAUUGCUGAUUGUAGAAAGGGAAAUGAGCCAACGGGGCACAACAGCAGAAGAUGAAACGGAAAUACAAAUGUACCAAAAAUACAUAUAGAUAAUAGAAAUAACAAAACUCACAAGAAAUCACAAGGAAAACGAAAGCAAAUAUUUAACAUAUCGAAGAAAUGAGGGGAAACAACUGCAAAUUACACAGAAAUCAUCGGUCAAAAUCAGACUGUCGAAACGAAUGAGCAAAACCAACGGGUGACGAAAAAAAACUCUUAAAACUAAUGGAUAUCGGGGGGAUCGCGUAUUACUGCCAUGGACAGUAUUUUGUUCUUCGCUUAAGCGACAGCUAUUAUCGUUUCGUUACCGCUGAGGGGGCAAAACUAGCGAAGGCUUACAUGCAUUUUCAGCCUUCACGUGAAGGUUGAGCUAUAUGGGCCUAGUUCGUCGCGAUUCAUGUCUGAAGAUGUGCAUUAUAACAAUAAUCGAUCGAGCCAUUUUCGUUAAAGCCACGUCUGCGAGGUGGCGCUACGCAGCUGCGUUGUAAGUACUAGAUAGGAUCAAACGAAUGUCCUAGGACGAAUGGUGCGAUCUCACGAGCACAAACCAGGUGUACCGUGGACGAAUGAAAAAAGGAUUAUCGAUAAGAACUCUAUUUAAAAGGGGGACCGGCAGGGGCAGCGGACUCCCAGUCGAGAUCGAAACAAGUCAUUUCAGCAUAAAGGUAGCGAACUAAUAGUGUGUAAAUAAGCAUAACACUGACCGCUAGUGACCGGGACUGUCGUAGAACCAAGCACCACGAUGAUGGAAAUCAACGGAAAAGCAA